AUGGCUGACAACAUUCGACCUUUCGUACAACAAGCACUACCUCUCACUCCAAUCGUCAUGUCUCAAACACGUCGUCAAAUGGUGCCAGAUAAAGAUAUUCGCUUUCCCAAGGUUCUAGCAGCUUUGCAAAAAUGGAAAACGGAUUAUGAAGACGAAGGAGAGACCUGUCCUAUUUGUUUCGAGAGCUUCAAAGAAGUCAAAGUUGAUGCAGAUAGGAAUGAUCCUUGUUCCGAUCCCUUGGAAUUUAAUGGCGGGCAUGAAGGUUCCAUAGUCGUCACGCCUUGCAAUCAUAAAUUUGGGUAUCUCUGUUUGGGAAGUUGGCUUGUUCAGAAGGAUAAUUGUCCUAUGUGCCGUAAUAUUAUCCUCCCUCUUGAUCCGCCACAGUCGGCCCAUCGUGCUCAACAUAGACAGCGCUCUUACUCCACCGAGUCGCAGAGUACCCCAGCAGAUAGGCAAUUUAUGGCACCUACUCCUAUAGCUCGAUCAAUAUCUCUUAACAGUAUCGUAAUCACUACUCCAUUUGAACUACAAAGAUGGAAUGCUAGAUUCGGUCAUUUGAACAAUCACUUGGACGAAGCUGAAAACGUAGCCGCCGGGGAAAUCACUUCGGCUAUUGUUCGUUUGCCUCCUGUUAGAGCUAGUACUACUACUCAUGGUCACCCAACCACACCUACUUCUACUGCAGUUGAGCCGGAUUUUAUACGCCGCACUUAUGAUGCCAACAUCAUCAAUUACGACUUGACACAUCCACCCAGAAAUAAUCGAACUUCUCACCUAAAUCGACCAUCAAUUGAUCCUUCAUGGCGUAACUGGGAUUACACUAGUCGUUACAGUUUAAGAGAGGCUAGGAGACCGAGAAGAAUCACCAACUCCGUAGCUGCAGCGGUAGGAGUGUCCGCAGGAAUAGGAACUGUGAUUGGAAUGCCAAGAGCAGAAAGAAGAGCGCCAACGGGCAGAGAUAAUAACACUUCAAGUAGAACUGAGUCGGAUAAUGAUUUUUCGAUCGUUAGAGCAAUGGGUCACGCGAUGGGCUUGGGAACGGUAGUUGGAAUGCCAAGAGCAGAGUGGAGAAGUACCAUGAGACCACUGUCACCAUUGGGUGAUUUGAGGAGACUACGGUUGUCAAGAAGUGGAUCGGCAAAUGAUAGUAGUACCGAGACUCUACUCACUGCAAGGAGCAGAGAAACGAGUGUGGAUGAGGAUUUGCAAAGAUUGCCGGGGUUGGCUAGUAGCAUGUGGGCUCGCACUUGGGGAUGA